AGAGAACAUUCUUUCACAGUGGCGCUCCUCCUCCCUCGUGAUUCGACACUCCGCCACGAUCUUCGACUGACUUGUGAGUACUGCGGCUCUGAAAACGAGUUCGGGUUCAAGAAAACAACAUGGCAGACGAUUUGACCAUUCAAACUGGCGGAAAAGACGGAGGAAUUGUGAUCAACGAUGACUGGCCAGGUUACAGUUUAGAGCUUUUUAACUAUCCAAAACACUAUUCUGGAGAUCUAGAGUGUGUUUACAUCCCACAUGGUGUCAUCAUGGACAGGACAGAACGGCUUGCCCGUAACAUAAUGGGUGACCUGGGCGACCAUGACAUUGUGGUGCUAUGUGUUCUGAAAGCCGGGUACCAGUUCUGUGCUGACUUGGUGGAGAGGAUCAAAGCACUGAGUCGUAACUCAGACCACACUCUACCCAUGAGUGUCAACUUCAUCCGCCUCAAGAGUUAUGUGAAUGAUCAGUCCACAGAGGAUCUCCACAUCGUUGGAGCAGAAGACCUCUCUUUCCUGACUGGAAAGAACGUCCUAAUCGUAGAGGCAAUUGUAGACACAGGCAAGACAAUGAAGACUCUCCUAAAACACGUGGAGGCCUUCAGGCCCAAGAUGAUCAAAGUAGCAGGUUUGCUGGUGAAGAGAGUGCCAAACAGUUCAGGAUGUCUCCCAGAUUAUGUUGGUUUUGAGAUACCCAAUCGUUUUGUAGUUGGAUAUGCCUUGGACUACAAUGAGUAUUUCAGAGACCUCAAUCAUAUCUGUGUGAUCAGUGAAAGCGGGAAGCUGAAAUACAAGGUCUAAGAAGUGAUGUUUAUAGGAUUCUGCAGAGGAAAUGUUUCCACAAGAAGCUUGGACACUUACCAUGAGAGGCCAUGCAGUAACAACGGUUAUCAAACCCAAAGACCCUCACUCUCGCUCUUUGCUGGUUGACACACCUCAGGGCCUACCCAUAGACCAUUGGACUCGUUGCAUAAUAAUUAGAACCUCCAUAGUUAUUUUUAUAACAAAGCUGUGAACCUGUGAUGUACUGUUACAAUGUUCAUGAAACCUGUCUGUGUUGAUGAAAAAUAUAUAAUGAACAGACAUUGCUAUGUAGAAUUUGUAGCCAUCAAUGUUUCAGUUUAGUGACAUUUGUUUAUCUCAACUUACUGCUACUGUAUUUUGUGGGACACAUUUGGCCCAUGUAAAGGUGGGCACCGUCCGGUAGAUUGAAUAAAAAAAAUACAAUAAUAAU